GGCCGUCGAGUUCGUUCGCAGGUUCAAAAAUACCGAAAAAGGACGUUUUUUUCUUUUCUUUUUAGACUUGCUAGGCGUAAAGAUAGGCGUUUUAAGAAGGGAAAAUCGCAGAGGAAAUAGGACGGCGCGAUACUGCGAUACGCCGAUACUGGUAUGGUAAAUUGGGAAGUGGCCGAGUGGGUUUGUUGUCCGCCGCCAUGAAGGUCCGCUGAGGCCGUCGCUGCGAUUUCUGUCCCGGGAGACGGACGGCAUCUGGACCGGGAUCAUCGACUGAACGACGAGUCGGUGCACCUAAAGAUGGAAAUCUAGUCCUGCUAACAGUUGAGUUAAAUUUAAACAUGAUGGGUGAGUUCACUCUUCAUCUUGAUGAUUUGGAUGAUGAUCUUGGUGAAUUUGAAGGUCCCGGCUCAGCAAAUAGCGAAAGCGACAAAGUCGACAGCAUACUCAUUAAAAAGAUACUCUAUGAAAUGAAAAGUGAGUUUAAUAAAGCGACAGGUAAUGCUAACGAAGAGAAAACAGAGCCCAAAGAGAAGGAUGACGAGGAAGAAGAAACAAUACAAGACGAGAAUGUGCCAGAAGUGCAAGAACGAAUAAAUAAAAAUAAUGAGGAAGAGGAAGAAAGAGAUGAAGAAGUAAAAGAAAAAGGAGGAGUUGAAGAAGAAAAAGAAGAUAAAGAAGAUGAAACAGUAGAAAAUGAAAAAGAACAUGAAGAAUUAGAGGAAAAAGUAGAAAAAGAAGAAGAAGAAAAAGAGGAAGACGAAGAAAAGGACGAGGAAGAAGAAAAAGAUGAUGAAGGAAAAGAAGAAGAGGAAGAAAAAGAAAGGAGAGUUGAGGAAGAAGGAAAAGCAGUGGAAGAUUCUAAUGAAAAAGAUGAGAAGGAAGAAGAAUUAGAAGAAAAAGUCCUUUCAAUGGAUCAUGUUGAGGGUGUGAGCAUGUUUCAGCAAGAAUCGAAGGAAGAAACGGAUAGUUCUCAGACUGCGACUGUAAUAAUAGAAGAACCUCCAAAAAAACGCAAAAGAACCAGGAGGACAAGGCAGUCCGUGGAUUUAACAUUAAUUAGCGACGAGCCAUUGGAAAAAAGAACUCGUAGGCAUGUACGUUACUCGGAAAGAUUUGAAGAAAUGGCCGUGAAACGAUCGUCACGACGCACUUCGAAAGAUUUUUCCCGGGAAUCUGUAUUGCAGAAUGCGAUCGCUCGAAAAGAGAAAUCGUUCAGUUCUCUUAACCCGCCUGAUGACAAGCCACAACGCAGGUCGACAAGACUGCACGAAGAGCCUCACAGGCCACAGAGGAAAUCGAUCAAAACACGAUCGCAAGGCGAUAGUGAGACUUACGGAACUGACCUCAAACGAGGGUCAAGAGCGACUUCAGAAGGGAGUGACCUGGAUGAUAGCUCAGUUGAAGAUUUCAGACACCAUCGCUACUCUCAGAGGUCAAUGACUGGAAGGCAUAAAGAACCCAACAAUUCCAACAUUCUAGAAGAUGAUCAAUACUCUAUAUCUGAGGAUGUAGAUGCCAAGCCAAAGAUUCGUGAGACUGGUAAUGGCAUGGUGGUUAAACAUCAUCCGCUUUUGCAUUCAGAAUGGCUGCAGAAUCGUUCGGAGUUGUGUGAAUGCGAGUCUCUUACAAUAAUGAGGCCAAGCCAAGGGAGCUUACAACUGUCAGAUAUGUGCCAAGCUGUGGACUCGUUCGACGAUAAAUUUUACAUCUGUUGUAACCCGAUCGCUGCCGAGACAGUGUUGCUUCGCCCGUCCAAAAGGACGCCGUACAUGCAGCUCUGUCAGUUGCACAUCCAGCGCCUUUUUGGCCACAACGCUUGCCCGCCCUGUGGCACGUUCUGCACCCAGGGGAUCUUCAACAUCUGCAUCAACCACCACGUCUUUCAUAACGAUUGCACAGUCAGCAAGGAGGUCUUCACCUCAUGCCCUCAUUGUUCUACCGACAAGUUUGCACUUCAUCGGCUCAGAAUGGAAAACCACAAAUAUCCAUUGUUCCUUCCUAUUCAAAAACCCAUCAACAGAGAACGAAUGGCAAGGAUAUCACUUCAAUAUGGUGAAAAACUAAACAAACCAAAAAGUAGAGAAGACAAAAUUUUGCAUGAGGAUAGUUUAUUAUUAUCUAAUGGGAGAGUUAUAACUGCAGAAGGAAUCCCGUUACCCGAAAUAGAACAACUAAAACAUUACUUAAAACAACCGAUCGGUCGUAGUGAUGUCAGGUAUACAUAUCGAAAUUUGUAUCAAGCUGCAAAAGCAGGGGACGUGGAGAAAAUAUUAAUAAUGAUUGCUGAAGGUAUGAACCCGAACCGGGAGCCGGGCUGUCUCGGAGCACUGCAUGCCGCAGCAGGCAGCGGGUUCCUAGCUGCAGUGCACAUUCUUGUACAGGCCGGUACAAACCUCGAUACGCUUGAUAAGGGCCAGUUCACCCCACUCAUGGCCGCUACGCUAAACGGCCACAAUCAUAUAGUCAGAUAUCUAGUCAAGGCUGGCGCUUCGUUAACUGUACAGGGUGUAGACGGAAUGACCGCACUACAUUUUGCUGCCAAACUUGGUAACGUGGAGGCUUGCCAUAUCAUGCUGACGCUCAUCAGCACACCUGACUCUCUGGUCAACAUUGUCGACGAUGGACGGUGGACCGCGCUCGUCUGGGCCGCUGAGAACCGCCAUUCCAAAGUCGUGAGGUAUUUGUUGGAGAACCGGGCUGACCCGCACGUCCGGGAUGGGGAAAUGAACAUCGCCCUACAUUGGUCUGCGUACUCGGGAAGUAUGGAGAUAACCGAGGACCUUCUGAAUUACGGCUCAAACAUUAAUCUUUCAAAUGCCCAUGGCGAUACACCUCUUCAUAUAGCUGCAAGGCAAAGUGCAGAUGAAUGUGUGACACUUUUACUCGCCAGGGGUGCCAGAGUGGAUAUGAUGAACAAGGCGGGUCUUACUGCAAAAGAUUGUGUCAUCAACCCAGACUCUUAUUGUUUAACAAUAAUCGAGCUAAAUCUUAAAAUAAAUAACAUUAGGCUCAAGUUCAACAGUUUCCCUAGGAUAUUGUCCAACGACAUCAGCCGAGGAAGAGAAAAUUAUCCCAUUCAGUGCAUUAAUGCUGUCGAUGAUGAUCCUAUGCCAACCAAUUACACCUACAUUACUCAGAAUUGUUUCACUUCGAACAUUACAAUCGACAGGACUAUAACAUCAUUAGAUCCGUGCAAAUGCGAUGACAUGUGUUACACGUCAGGCUGUAUGUGUGGCAAGAUCAGUCGUAAGUGUUGGUACGACAACAAAGGGAAGUUGAGCAGUGACUUUAAUUUUGAAGAUCCGCCGAUGCUGUUCGAAUGCAGUGAGGCCUGCAACUGCAACAUUAUGAUCUGCAAGAAUCGCGUUGUCCAGAAAGGCAUUAAAGUCAAGCUACAAAUGGUGAAAACUAAGGAUAAAUCGUGGGCUGUUAUAACUUUAUGUCCAAUCCCAAAAGGUUCAUACGUCUGCGAGUAUGUAGGGGAAAUAAUUUCCGAUUGUGAAGCAGAUACGAGAGAGGACGAUUCUUAUCUGUUUGAUCUCGAUAACAGGGAUGGUGGCGAAUCUUACUGCUUAGAUGCCAGGAAAUACGGUAACAUAACACGAUUUAUAAACCACAGUUGCCUACCAAACUUAUCCCCUGUGAGGGUCUUCAUUGGCCACAGGGACCUCCACUUCCCUCGAAUCGCCAUGUUUGCCGCUCGGGACAUCGAACCCUACGAGGAAUUAGGAUAUGAUUACGGUGAGAAAUUCUGGGUCAUUAAAGGCAAAUCGUUCACGUGCAAGUGUAAAGAAGAGAUGUGCAAAUACUCCGAGGACACGAUUCAUGAGACGCUCGAGCGGUACAAUGAGCGCAUGGAAAUGGAAGAGUCACUUACUUGAAAUUUACGUCUUUCAGCAUCUAAUUUUCCAAAUCGACUCAAUCACUAGGCAAAUGUUGUCAUCAAUUAAAACAGGAAGGUUUUUAAUUUUUUUAUUUGUUAACACUUUCUGUUGUACCUGUUUUGUUGUAUAUAAAAUUUUAUUUUAUUUUUGAAAACCAAAAAUAAUUCUUAAAUUGUGAAUGGUUCUUAUUCUUUGCUUAUAAAUGCAGUUUUCAUGAAUUGUUACAAUUUAAUAUAUGCGUGAUUUAGAAAAAGGUCCAUUAAUCACCAAAUUUGUUGCUCAUGAUCUCUUUAUUUUGCGACCUAUCUGUUCAAUUUGUUGAUCAGAAAAUUUAUUGCGGAAUCGUUUUCUGGACAUUCUGUUCUAAGACUUAUGUUGAAUUCCAGAAGCGUGUUCAUUUUGUUACCUUUUUUUAGUUUGUAACAUGAACUAUUAUUGUUUGUAACUGAUAAAUUCAUGGAAUAUUCUAUUGUACUAGUUAUUUAAUUUUAUAUAAUUUUAGACAGUGUGUAAAAAGGUUGUUCCUUGGAAUAAAUUAUUAGUCAUUUUUAAA